UUUUUAGUAAAUAUGUCACGCAUAUAUAUAGAACACCUACAUGGUAAAGCAGUCUCACGUGAGAUAAGUGUAAUGACUACAAAUGUCAAGUGAUGCCCAGUAACGCACCUUGAUGCAUCGACAUUUAUAGUUUUUGAGCGAGAAUUGUGGAGUGAUUUUGGCCAUUAGUUUUUGGGAGAUAAGACCAAGACAAAGAAGAAGAAGAAUCUUCCCCGAGCUUUUCGAAAAACCACACGAAAUUUCGUAUCUUCUCUACUGAGGUUAGGUUUUCGUUUUAUUUCGUCACAACGGGGGCUGAACAAUCCGUCAUGUCCGUCUCUCAGAUGGAAAAAAACUUAUUUAAUUUGAAGUUUGCUGUGAAGGAGUUAGAGAGAAAUUCCAAAAAAUGUGAAAAGGAGGAGAAAAUAGAGAAAGCAAAGGUCAAGAAGGCAAUACAGAAAGGUAACAUGGAAGGUGCUCGCAUUCACGCAGAGAAUGCGAUUCGGCAGAAGAAUCAGGCCUUGAACUACCUCAGAAUGAGCGCCAGAGUGGACGCCGUAGCCAGCAGAGUGCAAACUGCGCUCACCACUCGCAAAGUCACCCAGUCGAUGGCUGGUGUUGUCAAAGCCAUGGAUGCCGCCAUGAAGUCGAUGAAUUUAGAAAAAAUUUCCGGUCUUAUGGACAAGUUUGAGAGCCAAUUUGAAGACUUGGACGUGCAGAGCUCGUACAUGGAGAACGCGAUGUCGCAAACCACGACUACCAAUGUACCUCAAAAUGAUGUUGACGCGUUGAUGCAGCAAGUUGCAGACGAAGCUGGACUGGAGUUAAACAUGGAACUACCAUCGGGUCAACUAGGCAGUAUUGGUACUUCAGUGGCUGCAAGCCAGGAGCAAGAUGAGCUGACACAAAGACUGGCACGACUUAGAGAGUAGUGCUAGGAGCUACUUUGAUAUACUUGUGAUUCUUUCAUAUGUUCUAUAAAUUAUGUAAUAUAUAUAUAUAUAUAUGCUAUAAUAUUAUAUAGUAAGAGAGCAUUUUGGCAUUGCACGCUUCAUGUGCGUUUUCUAAUACACUAACUUGAAAUAGAGAUGAAAAGAAAAUCCUUAUCUUUAAAACCAUGGUACUUCGAUACGUAUCGUGAUUGUAUAGCUAUAUAACGUUGUUAUUGAGAUCACAAAAUGUUUUAGACAACAGAAUAAGAUAAGAUGAUAGAACUUUUGUUCGCGUUAUAAAUUUCUAAUCCUAUAAACGUCUUACUUCCAUCAACACUGACCAUAAAACAUAUAUCUGCAAAAUUUUGAAAAAUUUUGAGAAUGCAAUCUUAAAGUCGCGCAGUUCUGUCUGACAAUUCUGUCAAACAAUUGAUUUACCAUCGAAACUAUGCCUUAGAAAUAAAUGUAAAAAAAUGCACAGAGUUCCACAGACUCAGAUGUGUGUUCUUAGAGUUAAUUAGAACGCAUUAUUAGCAAUGAGUUAAAAUUAAUCGAGAUCGUAGAUCAAACUUUUUCCGGGAUUAACUCUUAGAGUACAGACGCAGCUGAUGCUCGUUUAAAAGCAAGCAUUGUGAAACCUGUUUGGUCUUAAACUAUUAGGUGAUUGCGCAAUUGAGCAUAAUUUUUAAUUGUGCGACUCCGCGCAUCUAAUUCUACAAACUCUAAUUAUUUUAUUAACAGUUUUUACCCGAGCGGAUAUAUGCGCCCACAGUACUCUAACGGUUAAAAACCGUAAAAUCGAUCAAAAUUUCGAUUAACACGUUACAGUUGUGCAAUCGAAUUAUCUACUUUUAUAUUAAUUUUUUUUGCAUAUAUUACGAUCGUGCAAAACGCGCUGCGUAAAGAUAAUUUAUAUACACAUUUGUAUAAAUUGAGAAUAAAAAUGUUUGUCAUUUAUACUAAAUAUUUUGAAAUUAUUGAGAUUAUUAGUAAAUAUUGCGCGUAUUUUUAUAAACGUCUCAAUUUGCUCUUUCAUCUGAUCAACUAAAUGUUUGAGAGUAUAUAUAACAAUUACGCAUACAAAAUCUCGUUUGGAGAUAAACAUAUUCACUGAGACGAAAGACUAGGAUUGAUGAGUGAAUUUUGAAAUGAUUGAUCUCUUACGUAACUUCGUCGUCGCAACUAGUUUUGUCGUACCAUCCUGGCACCAAGAAGUCGUUGCAUCGAUUAUGCGCUUUUGGCUUUUGUACUCGAGAAUGGCAUAUCUGUUCAAUCAAAACAUGCCAUUCUCGAGCAAUAGCUGUAAUGGCGAUUAGCUUCGCGUGUGGUUUUUCAGAGAGUAGUUGUUCACAAACAAUUUUAAGAUGACGCUGAUAUAACUGAAAGAUAAUUAUAAAAGGCCUUUUCAAAGGCGACGUUCAGGUGGAAAAAAAAUAAUAAUUUGUUUCACUUU